CUGUAGCCCCCGCUGACUCUUGUGCCAACCCUGGUGGGAACAUCAGUGGGUGGGUACUUGACAGAGCCAGCGCCAGGAAGAUAAAACCACUCAGUGCUGCUGGAGGUGUAACACAGUCCCAGCCCUCUGCACAUUGAUUCACACAGGAUUAAGCCACUGCAUGAUGCUUCAGGCGGAAGGCCUGGCAUAGCUGAAUUACCGUCCCCGUCAGAAUUAACGUCUUUGGAAGCCUCCUCUGCCUUGCUCCUGUCUUCAGUGGAAGGAGUAGUAAAAAUUAUCUGCCACUGCACCAACCAGAUCACCCAAAGGGAUGACUGGCAGUCAUCUGUGUCAGGAGUAAGAGAGGAAGCAAUGGGCUGGACUAUGACUCUAAAAGAUGACUUUGGGGUCAUUGCCUGGACACGGCGAGCUGGGAACAACCUCUGCCUCUUCCUCCUCUUGUCCCUCUUUUCUGUUUCAGUCCAGUCAGACAUUGUGUUUCCUAAGGACCAUCAUUUCUCAUGGAAAGCAGGCCAGUGGGGUCAAUGUAUCGGGGAGGAGUGUGGUUCUGGCGGCGUUCAGACAAGGACAAUAUGGUGUGUCCACAUGGAGGGCUGGACUACCCACCAUUCCCACUGCCACCACAUGGACAAGCCAGAAAGCCAGCGUCACUGCUUUAAGGUCUGCGAAUGGCACCAGAACCUCUUUGAGUGGGAGGUGUCAGACUGGGGGGGCUGUGUUCUUGUCCCUUUCUUUUCCAACGAGCUGAAGCUUAGGACGACUGAGUGCAUUACAGCACAGCAUGGCAUCCAGAGGCGCAAAGUAAAUUGUGUCCGCACUUCAAACCAUACUACAGUCACCUUGAGGAUAUGUGAGUUCUUUUCCCAGAAACCACCUGUGGAGCAGGCAUGCCUCAUUCCCUGCCCCCAGGACUGUGUAGUUUCAGACUUCAACUCCUGGUCCAGUUGCAGCAAAACCUGCGGCGCUGGCCUGCAGCAUCGGACUCGACAUGUCCUGGCCACACCAAUGUACGGAGGCGCAAGCUGCCCCAACUUAACUGAGACCAGGACUUGUUCUAGCUCUGUUGACUGCCCUGCUGGGGAGGGCGAGUACCAGUACAGCCUUAAAGUAGGGGCCUGGAGCGAGUGCCGACUACCCCAUCACAAGGAUGCCCUUCUAAGUGGUAGGACCACAGUGGACUUCAGCGCCAACUCCAAUGAGAACAACACAGUCACAUUGCACACGCAGGCUUCUCACCACCACGUCCAUCACCACCACCCUCAUGCGCACAAGUACCCCAUGUCAUGGGAACUGGAGGUGGGAUACAAGUCACGACAAGUCCGCUGCACACGGAGUGACGGCAGGAAUGCUAUGCUGAGUCUUUGUACCAAGGACAACUCCCCUCUCACCUUCCAGGCGUGUGUGAUGCCCAAGGACUGUCAGACAUCUGAUUGGUCCUCAUGGAGUCCCUGCUCUAAGACCUGCCGGUCCACCGACCUGUCCCCUGGUUACAGACUCCGGUCAAGGAUCAUGACGCACAUCCCUGUCGGAGGAGGGAAACAAUGUCCUGCCCUUGAGGAAAAAGAAGCUUGCCACAUCAUAGGAGAUUUACUUCCAAACUGCCCCAGCUAUGUGUGGAGGACCACUGACUGGGGCGAAUGUCGCAUCCUCCCCUUACUGAGCCAGCAGGACCGGCGGCUGGCUAACAUCAGUAUUCUGUGUGGAAGCGGGAUCCAGACCAGAAAGACCUACUGUGUUCAAGUCCCUGAUGACUCAGCACCACAUCACAGGAAGGAGGUAUCCAGGCCUGUGAAUGCCAGACUGUGCGCUGGUGAAGAGCCCCCUUUGGCCGUGCAGCACUGCUCCAUCCCUUGCCAGCACCACUGCCUGCUCUCCCAGUGGUCACCCUGGGGUGCCUGCCUACAUGACAACUGCAAAGAACCACAGGGGAAGAAAGGUUUCAGACAGAGGAGGAGAGAGGCGCUGUGGCAGUCCAGCAGUCCUCCAGAGACCUGCCCUCAUCUAGUGGAGUCCAUCCCCUGUGAGGAUCCUGCCUGCUACCUGUGGCAGGUCCAACAGGAAGAAAGAUGCAUUCCCACUAAAGGCUCCUGUGGUCCUGGAGCUGCAGCCCAGAAUAUGACCUGUGUCACCGCUGAAGGGUCCUCCCCUGUGCCGAUUGCCCUCUGUGUAGACGACCCUCCCCCAACAGAAGUGGCCUGCGAGGUGGCCUGUCCUUCAGACUGUGUGGUUGGCUCCUGGUCUCCCUGGUCACCCUGCUCACACAGCUGUACCACCAAGACUGCAGAGGGUCAACAGAGCCGCACACGCACUGUGUUGGCCAUCCCAGGGACAGAAGGGAAGGAGUGUCCGGCAGCUCCAGCCCUGGAGGAGUGGAGAGUCUGCAAUGACCACCCAUGUAUGGUAUUCUACUGGGAGGCCUCAGCCUGGGGUCCCUGUAUUGAGGAUGCCUUCAUUGAUCUCAAUGGAACCAGCUCCUGGAAUGGGACCCCUACCUGUGCCAUGGGUGUUCAGAUCCGCAAAGUCAGCUGCACGAAGAUGAACGUUGGACCUGUCAUAAGUAAAAGGUGUUCAGAUUCUGCUCGUCCAGAAUCGGUCCGACCUUGUUUGCUUCCCUGCGAGAAAGACUGCAUUGUGACACCCUUCAGUGAAUGGACAGCCUGUCCAUCAACCUGUAUGCCAGAAAAUGCGACUGCCGCCACGCAGUCUCGAUACAGAACCAUCAUUCAGAGGUCUGCUAAUGGAGGUCAAGAGUGCCCUGACACACUGUAUGAAGAGAGAGACUGUGAAUCACUUCCUGUGUGUCCGGUGUAUAGUUGGAGGACACACAAGUGGCACAGCUGUAGCUUGGUUCCAGAUUCUGUUCGACGUGGAUUAUCUGGACAAGGAGAGGCCUGUGGAAAUGGUUUAGAAACGAGAGGAGUCAGUUGUGUUGGGGAGAUGGGUGAGUCGGCCAAUAUGACUGAGUGCCUGCGAUGGGCUGGCCCCUUGCCCCCUCAGAUCAGAGAGUGUCGGGUGGCUUGUAAGGAUGACUGCACUCUAACUUCUUGGUCCAAGUUCUCUGAAUGCGCUGGAUGUGGCAGCUCCCGCAGUCGUAAGCGCUCGCUGACAGGUCGCAGUAAAAAGAAGGAGCAUUGCCUGGAUGAGAAGUUGCACCCCCUAGAGGAGACAGAGACUUGUCCCUGUGAUGAGUUUCUGUCCCAACCCUAUGGGAACUGGUCUGCAUGCAUCCUCCCUGAUCCUUCAGCUCCGGGGUCCCUGCAGGGCUGGAUGAGCCACCGGGAGGUGAAGGAGUGUGGCCAAGGUCUGCGCUACAGAGCUGUGGCCUGCAUCAACCAGCAGGGACACCUGGUCAAUCCCACACAUUGUACAGACUCAGGCUACAUGGUGGAGGUUUGCCACAUCCCUUGCCCCCUAGACUGUAAGCUCAGUGACUGGUCAGCCUGGUCAGCCUGCAGUGCAUCCUGUGGCAGUGGGUUGAAGAUCAGAUCCAAGUGGCUCAGGGAGAAAGCUUUCAACGGGGGUCGCCCAUGCCCCAAGCUGGAUUUGAAAAAUCAGGCUCAGGUGUACGAGGCAGUACCUUGCCACAUUGAAUGCAGCCAAUACGAGUGGAGGAUCGAGCCCUGGUCCAUUUGUACCAUCAACACUGUGGACGACCUGCCAGCCUGCGGGGAGGGAGUCCAAAGCCGCAAGAUCAGGUGUGUGAAGCAGGAAACAGCGAGUGGGGAGAACAGCACGUUGGGAGACAGUCUGUGUGAUCCGGAGGAAAUGCCACCCAGAGCCCAGGUCUGCUUUCUGGCCUGCCCCAAAGACUGUGUUGUGGCACCCUGGGGACCUUGGAGCAACUGCCCCCUGCAAUGUGACCAAGGAACAGCAAGGAACAGAAGCAGACACAUCCUCCGCCUCCCAGCCUCAGAAAACUCGACCUGCCCAGAGCUAGUCCAGUCAGAGCCCUGCGUCCUCAACAGCACCUGCUUUUCCUACCAGUACACUGUGUCAGACUGGAGUACAUGCCAGCUGAGUGAAAAUGCCAUCUGUGGUCACGGUUCACGGCUGCGUCUCGUGGACUGUAUUCGCAGUGAUGGCAAGAUUGUGGAGUUGCAGAAGUGCGAGCAGUUUGGGCUGAUCAACAAGUACUGGCUGUCAGAGAGCUGCAUGGUUGACUGUCCUGUCAGCUGUAUGCUCUCUGAAUGGUCACCGUGGGCGGAAUGUUCGCACACCUGUGGUAACCAAGGUCAGUUUCUGCGCACCCGGAGAAUUCUGCAGGAUGCUAAUGAGGAAGGUCAGCCCUGUCCCAACCAGCUCACCCAGAUCAAGCCAUGUCCCAUAAGGCCUUGCUAUACAUGGAUGCUGAGUGACUGGUCCCCAUGCACUGUCGAGGGUGCAGAGUGUGGUGAGGGGCUUCGGAGAAGGAGCCUGUCAUGUGUCGUCAAUAGGGGCAACUGGCCUGAGUCUCCUCCGCAGCCAGUGGACGAGGAACUUUGUGGAGACAAACUGAGGCAGCAUAUCCAACAGGAGAUGGAGCAGCCCUGCUUCGUCCCCUGCCCAGGAGACUGCCAUUUGACUGUGUGGUCGUCUUGGAGCUCUUGCCAGCUGACCUGCCUGGAGGGGCGGAGUUUUGAAACCACCGGUCGCCAAGCUCGCUCUCGAGCUGUGAUCAUUCAGGUCAUGGAGAACCAGGGCAGCUGCCCACAUCAAGUCUUUGAGACCCAGCCCUGUAAAGGGGGGAAAUGCCACAGUUACCAGUGGAGGACUGGAGGAUGGAGCAACAAUGAGAGAGCAGUGUGGUGUCAGCGCUCAGAUGGUGUCAAUGUCACAGGGGGGUGUUUCCCGCAGAAAAGGCCGACCACAGUCAGACACUGCCAUCCCGCGUGCACUAAACCCUUCUCUCACUGCACACCGAGCGGAGUGUGUGGGUGUGAGAAGGGUUACACUGAGGUGAUGACCACACAUGGCUUUUUGGACUACUGCACCAGAACCCCGGGGGUGGAUAACAACAAGAAAGCUGAUGUGAAAACCAAUUCUGGAAGAUUAAAACCAGGGCCGUCUCAGGCCCAGGACCUCUUCAGCGAGUGGACAUUACGACCUGUUGGUCCAGAUGGAAGAGUAAAGCUGUGGGUUUACGCCGUGACUGCCGUUGGAUUCAUCUUAAUACUCUUCGUUAUUGCAUUAUCAUUCCUGGUCUGUAAGCCAUCCAAAACCACUAAGACGUCUCCUCCACCGCAGAAGCCCUUGACCCUGGCCUACGAUGGUGACAUGGACAUGUAACCAGGCUGCUAUACCUCGAAAGGACGCGCUCAGCCUCGGACAGACUCCUGACUGCGUUCAGAUUGUUAGCAAGCACGUCCAUCACAUACCACUGAUUGUUGGCCAGUUUGAGCUUGGGUGACUAUUUGCUGUAGUGCCAAUUGUAUUGCAAAAAUGCAGCGGACAGAUAGUGACGAUCGCACCUGAUUUGCUGCUGAAGGGCAAUGUAGCCCAUAAUUAUGGCUUCAGUCAACUUUCCUCCGUUAGGAAGAGGAACAAAAGCCAAAUAUGGUGGAAAUGAGAUAAAAGGUCUCUAGACAGGAAAUAAAUGGACCUCUAGUUUCUUUUUUUAACUGCUUGCAAUGUGAACGCACAGUUGAAGCACUGUUUGCAACCCACAAGUCACGAGGACUCCUAAAAGGCAAAGACUAAAUGGAUUUUUGAGUUUUAUUGUGUUAAGAAUCAGAGGGACCACCUGAUUAUUUGUCUCGUAUUUGUGUGGUGAGGGAGACAAAACAUCUUGAGUCAGCAGUCACUCAUAUCAUUCAAAAACGGAACAACAGAACAUUUGGCAUUUGACUUUGUCUUUCCAGUGCUGGAUCUUUGUAAAAAGAAAAUGUCACACGCCUUUUGGCUUAACAGCCUUUUUUUGAAUUUCUGAGAAUAAACAAGAUGCUCUAUGCACUACAUUAGUGCUGAUUCACUUUUGUUUGUUUUUCCUUUCAAAUGACUUUUCUAGUGUUUUAAUUGUAAUGCAAGUUGUUGCUGUCAGAUUGUGUUUUGUUGAUGAUGCCAUAUGUUGUGUAUAUGUGGAGACCAAAAGCAGGCUUGCCUUGAAUUUAACAAAACAAUGAUGCAGUAAUUUUUCUCCUCCCUGAUUCUCAUAAGACUUCUCGAAAUUGUGGAUUUUUUUUGUUCCUGACACAUGGCAGACUGUGUUGUUGGUCAACAUGGUCAAGAAUUAACAGCAAACAACACACACAGACCUUUUAAUGCUAAUUAUCAAAUGCCAGCAUGAUGAAGAUCAUACCUCACACACACUUUUUCAUCAAAUCAUGCAAGCAAGAAAGCACUGAUCACCAAAACAAAUACAAGAAUGGAGAUGGUGAAUUAUCAACAGUAUCACACACAGUGUAUUUUUAGAGCAAAAAUGCUUUACUUUUCACAAGGAUGUCAUACAUUUGUUUACACCAUUUAUUUCAAUGUAUUACAUCCAUUUACAAAGUCAUUUGCCAGAGCAAGACGCGCUACACGUUAUUGACAGCGUUGUGUUCUUUGCUUCCUCUUUUAUUUCAGUUUUUGGACCACAAAGACAGGGCUCAAAACAUGACAGCAAAUACCAAAUAUGUGUGAGCACAAAUUAAUUAGGUCAUCUCUCAUUUCUAUUUCUCUAGCUCAUGCACAAAAACAAUGACUUUUCGGUAACACUUUCUAUGAAGACCACAUCUAUAGUGUGUCAUGGGGGCAUAGUGAAUUAUAAUGCAUUUACAUUUUUUUAAAUAAUCUAUGCUGCAUCAUAAGUCGUUAUGUAAGUCGCCAAAAUGCAGAGAAUCACAAAUAACAUUUGUCUGCUUUGGGAAGGGAACCUUAAGUUGUAAAACCUACAUGAUAUAUUGAAAGUAAGAAAAAGAUUACAUUUACAUUUUGUCAAGCUUUAUUUUCACUAUGGAUGAAAACAGUGAGUUGGGGUGUUCUAACAAACAAUCAACAUCAACAAAUUGACAAAAUCUAUUUUGUGUUUUUCUUACUUUGAAUAUAUCAUAUAGGUUUUAUAACUUAAUGUUGCAUUCCUAACACAGACACAUUUUACUUGAAAUUUCCCUGCAUGGUUUAUUAACAUUUUGGUGUCUUACAUAAUAACCACUGCAUGCAAAUGCAUUACACUUUACUUACCACCAACAAUGAAAUGUUAUGAUGAAGCAUGCAUUACUAUAGACGCAUCAAUAUGAACUUUACUUUACUUAACACAUACAAUGAUAACUUAUGACACUGCAUGGACUAUUAUAGCACACUAUGAGUCCUAACUACAUUUGAUAGUUGGUAUGUAUAGGUGAUAAUAGUCAUAAUGUAUUUUAAGCCCCAUCAGUCUAGAGCAUCGAUAAGACACUUGAACUUAUAAUUCAUUAUAAAUCACAUCUAUAAUGUUUUAUGACUGUUGAUACAGUGCAUAAGAAAGCAUUAUGUGUAGUAAUGAAGCAUUUGAAAUGCUUUAUAGUUCCCUGUGGAUGCCCUCAUAGAAAGUGUCACUGACUUUUCUUUUAUUCGGCCCUGGAAUUGUUUCAGAUUUCCACUUACAGUAUAAGGCAUCCACAAUCUUAUUAAAGCAUCUUCAUUUUUUUUUUUUUCAUUUAAUCCUCUUGGCCCCCUUGGGAGCAUAGGCCGUCCACCAUGGAUCUCCACCUCACUCUCCUCUGAGCUAAGGUCUUUACUUCUUGCCAGGAGGUCCCCGUCUUGGUCAGUUCAUCAAGCGUGGACCGCCUCCAGUUGGAUUUAGGUCUCCCUAGCUUCCUCUUGCCUUGGGGAUUAUAGUCCAGAGCUUGUCUUGCUAUGUUCCUCGGAUCCUUCCUAAGUGUAUGACCGAUCCAUCCCCACUUUCUGGAUUUGAUUUCAAUGUGGAUUUGCUCCUGGUUCAUGCAUCUCCACAGGUCUACAUUUGUAAAGCAUCUUAGUGGACCAUAAACGCUUACAUUUACUAUCAUUUAGUCACGGAUCCUUCAGUGCAUUAUUCAUACGACCCAGUGGAGAAUUAAGUUCCUUAAACUUGGUGGUUUUGGCACUGACCAGAGUUUACGCUGUUUCUCUUUCUGCCUCCACAAACUGAAGACACACAAGACUUGGUCUUGUAUUAUCUGACCUCCUUCUGAAUGUAUUUUACCAGUAACUCUAUAAUCGUAGUGGUUGUACAAAUACAGUUGUUACAUGUUGUAACAAUUGUAUUUACACAGCUGAUUGUAUGUAAGCAUGCUUGAUCCAUUUUUGCAGAAAGUGCUCCGGGUGGCCUUGCAAAGAUUCUGUUUUACACGUUGCCAAACAUUUUAGAGUUGUUUCUUUCAGGCAGUGUUUCUACACUAAUAUUUGGCCAACAAAUGGACAUUUGGUAAAUGUUAGGUCAAUGUGAAAUCCAGUUGUGAGAUAUUGAUAAUAUCUAGAUAACAGAAUCAACUAAAUUAGCUGGGCACAUUUCCAUUAUAAAACCAAGCACAGCCAACUUCUGACAAAUUUGGGUUUUAUCCAAGAAAAUCUAAAAGUAUGUUCACUCAUUGUUUACAGUGCCAUGCAAUUUGUGUUACUAUUGUGUGUACAUGGAGAGCUGGACAAAAAUGCAAAUAAAUUGUGGAACCAUGUGGAAAAUAAAA